ACAAGGUAUAUUUAUGUAUAUAGUUCUUAUAAAGAACAGCAAUGACACUUCUUAAGAAAUGUCUCUUAAGGCUAUUAGUAUUCUUUGCUUAUGGCUUAAUCGGAAGCUGGCUUUUCACGCUAAUAGAACGAAGAAAUGAAACGAACGCUACAACCGCUAACAGAGCGCUCGAAAGAUUAAAAAAAUCAAUAGGAGAAAAAUACAACUUAACAAACAUAACUGAGCAGGAUUUCAACGAGUUUGUCGARGCUGCUUAUAACGCGAUCCGAAUACGAAAGCAAAAAGAUUGGACGUUCAMGAAUGGUUUAGGAUUCACGUUUCCUGCACUUACAACUAUUGGUUUUGGUGAGAUAACACCGAAGACAGCUCUUGGCCAAGGUUUUACCAUUCCCUACUGUUUGGUCGGUCUUCCACUAACAAUGCUGGCUCUAAAGACUUCAGGAGAAGUUAUUCUUCUGGCUUUGCGAACGACAACGACAAACUUCGAGAAGAAUGUUCUCGGACGUCGAAAUCCCAAAAUAGGUUUUAUGGAAAUGUUCUGGAUAUUGAUCUUUCUGCAAAGUCUUUUAAUUUGCAUGUUUGCCGUUAUAGAGAUUUACGCAUUCAAUUGGACUUUCCUSGAAGGAGUKUACUGYUGGUUUAUUACGUUCACGACUAUCGGUUUCGGAGAUUACGUCCCUUUUACAAACCAAUUGGGAGAGACAAUGAAACCUGAGUGGCUUAUUCCUUUAAUAGGAUUCAUCGUGACAAUUCCAUCCAUCGCUGGUCUCUGUCUGAUUAGUUCAUUGCUAAAUCUGCUUGUUGAAAGCUCAGAGAAGAUAAAGAUGCGACGUCGMACGCUGCGCACUUGUUCCGCAUGUAMAGAGAAUACUAAUAAYGACAGUGAUGAUACAAGUACUGACCACAAUGGCCUUGCGGAAGAGAAAAGUAUUUCGACCCUCAAAGAUUGUAAUAUCGUAACAUCUGUCACAUCACUUUGAGUUUGGACAAUUGAAAUAAUGAAGCUGUG